UGUGGUCCGACAUCACUCGAUGAGUGUUCGCCAGAGAGUGGACAGGUUCUGUUACACAAGGCAACGAUAUUUUGUUUAAGACUUGUGAAAGUUGCUCCUUAAUCGGCUAUAAUCGUCGGUCAGCUGUCUCGUUAAUUCGUCCAACUUCAACGAGCUGCGAAAAGGAAAUGCUGCGCCCACUAUUGGUGGCGGUCCUCGUGACGGUGGCAUGGGGAAUACCAACACCCGAGGAUGCCAGUAACGCCGCAGCAGAUUCGGAACAAGACCUCCAAAGGGCCAAAGAAUUUCUGGAACAGCUCAACAAGGAAUAUGGGGAAUGGAACAACAAGUACACGCUGGCAAAUUGGGCGUACGCGGCGAAUUUAACGGAAGAGAAUUUGGGAAAGAAACUGAACGUCUCCGCGGAGGUGGCACGGUACUUCAAAUCCGCCUGGGAGAAAGUGAACGAAUACCCUUGGAAGGACAUUAAAGAUUCACGGAUCAGGCGACAAUUCAAGAAAUUCAGUGUCCUAGGACGGUCAGCGCUUCCCGAAGAUCGUUAUCAAGAGUACGAAAAAAUUGUAAGCGACAUGGAGAACAUCUACAGCACGGCCAAAAUCUGCGAUUACAAGAACCGAAGUAGAUGCGACCUCGCUUUGGAACCGGAACUGACGGAAAUUCUAAUGAAGAGCCGUGACCCCGAGGAACUGAAGUACAUUUGGGUGGAAUGGAGGAGAGCAACGGGCGAAAAAGUGAAAUCAUUGUACCCAAAGUACGUUGAACUGAGUAACCUGGCUGCCACAUUAAACAAUUUUUCCGACAACGCGGCUUACUGGCUGAAAGAUUACGAGGCUGAUGACUUCCCUGAGCAAAUUGAGGCACUCUGGCAACAGUUGAAACCCCUUUAUUUGCAAUUACACGCAUACGUUCGCCGAGAGCUUCGAAAAAAAUACGGGGAGAACGUCGUUUCGAAAGAUGGCCCUAUCCCAGCGCACUUAUUGGGCAAUAUGUGGGCGCAAACUUGGACGAAUAUCGCAGACUUCGCUAUUCCAUACCCGGGAAAGCAAAUGCCAGACGUCACUCACGCCAUGAUUAAACAAGGAUAUAACGCUACAACUAUUUUCCGUGUUGCCGAGGACUUCUUCACCUCGAUCAAUCUCACUGCAAUGCCCGAUCUGUUCUGGCAACGAUCGGUAUUGGAAAAACCAAAAGACCGCGAGUUAAUCUGUCACGCGAGUGCUUGGGACUUCUAUGAUGGCAAGGACUUUAGAAUUAAACAGUGUACCAGAGUUAACAUGGAAGAUUUGUUGACUGCACAUCACGAGAUGGGUCAUGUGGAAUAUUAUCUGCAAUACAGAGAUCAACCAAACGUUUUCAAGGAGGGUGCCAAUCCAGGAUUCCAUGAAGCUGUUGGCGAUGUUAUAUCGCUUAGCGCAUCUACACCGAGCCACCUGAAAGCCAUUAAAUUAUUAGAUGAUGAUUCAACCGACACGGAAGCCAAUAUUAAUCAUCUUUUCUUGAAAGGCCUCGAAAAAAUUGUCUUCUUGCCAUUUGCAUAUAUGAUGGAUAAAUGGCGCUGGAAUGUGUUCCAAGGACAAGUCACAUCAGACAAUUAUAAUUGUAAUUGGUGGGACCUUGCUGAAGAAUUUCAAGGUAUUGAAGCUCCAGUAGAUCGAUCGGAAGAUGACUUUGACCCUGGUGCGAAAUAUCAUAUAAUAGCUGAUGUUGAGUAUAUGAGAUAUUUUGUGAGCUUUGUGGUGCAAUUCCAAUUCCAUAAAGCACUUUGUGUUGAAGCAAAACAAUACGAUCCACAAAAUCCGAAUUCAAAACUAUUACAUGAAUGUGAUAUUUAUAAUAAUACAGCAGCUGGAAACCUAUUGAAGAACAUGUUGGAAUUGGGAUCUUCUAAACCUUGGCAAGAUGCAAUGGAAAGAAUCACAGGUCAGAAAAACAUGGAGUCUGCUGGACUCUUAGAGUACUUUAAACCAUUGACAGAUUGGCUUACAGCAGAAAAUAAAAAAACUAAUGAAUAUAUUGGAUGGAAACCUAGAGCAAGGCAAUGCGUACAAACCAGAUCAGAACUCGCAUCUUUUGAAGAAACUGAAGCAGAAGAGUAAAAAAUAUAUCCUUUUGAACAAUAUUACUUCAAAAAAGUUACUUGUCCAUUUUGACAUAAAAGAUGCAUCAAAAAGUGAUUUAUAUCAUUUUUUGCAAAAUAAAAAAUAAAAAUAUAUAAGUGUUA